UUGUGUAUUAUUUUAUUUAUGUUAUCUCUGUCGCAGAGGAUUAACAAAUUCAAAUGCUAAGCAUUUUUACCGUCAUAUUUUAAUAUAUUUAUUGUAUUGUAAAUAUAUACUAUAAUAUUAUAUAGUUUUAUCAUAUAGCAUUUUAUUGGCAUAAUUAUGACAGGUAGCAGGUGUUUGGUGAAUUUGAUGUUUGUGAUCAGUGCAGUAGCGGCUCAAUCGUUAACGCAUUGUAGUACGCCGGUGAAUGAACUAGGCAACUGUAUCAGCAUACUGAAAUGUGCGCCCCUGCGUGAUCUCUUAGAAAAUCAUAGAUCAAACUCUUCGGUCAUCAGUUAUCUUAGAAAAUCCCAGUGUGGUUACGAAGGGAAAUACCCAAACGUUUGCUGUCCAAUUCCGAGUAAAUCUACCCCUACUACUAUUCCUACUACUUCUACUACUACUACUACUACUACUACUACUACUACUACUACUACUACUACUAGUACUUCUGCCUUCAGCGAUAGGAUUUCUUAUGAAACCAGUACCAAAGUGAAAUUUCCAUUCGAAGAGACAUGUGGACGAUCAACUGUCGUAAGAGACCGAAUCACUGGCGGAGAUACUCCUAAUUUAGCCGAAUGGCCUUGGGCGGUGGCGCUUGGAUACAAGAACAAAUACAAACCGAACAAUCCUCUUCAAUGGUCUUGCGGCGGUACUUUGAUAUCAGACAGAUUUGUACUGACCUCUGGCUACUGUGUUGUCGAUUCGGGACAAACCAAACUGUCUAUCGCACGCUUAGGAGAUCUUAAUCUGGAUCCCAACAUUGACGAUGGAGCUUCGCCACAAGAUUUUCAAAUCGAAAAGAUAAUAGUGCACGAAUCGUAUGACAAACGGCAUUACACCAACGAUAUUGCUUUACUGAAGUUGGCGGCUACGGUUAAAUUCAACCGAUACAUCCAACCCAUUUGUUUGCCAAUCGCACCGAAAUUGCGAUCCAAACUAUAUGUAAAUUACACACCAACCAUUAUAGGUUGGGGCACAACAGAGAUAAAUGGACCUUUGAGUAACGCAUUGAUAGAAGCAGGACUUCCAAUCGUUGAUAAUAUGGAAUGCAACCGUUCAUAUGCGAAAUUCCCCGUUACGAUUGACAAUAGAGUGAUUUGUGCAGGAUUGAUUGGAGGAAAAGGAUCUUGUCAGGGUGAUUCUGGCAAUACACUCAUGAUACCACAAAGUGGGCAGUGGUAUUCGAUUGGCAUUGUGUCUUUUGGAUAUAAAUGCGGACAACAUGGUUAUCCCGGCGUAUAUACUAGAGUCACACAUUUUGUCGACUGGAUUCUAGAUAAAAUUAACAAGAGCGAUUGUUUUCUCAAAUCUCUUUUGAGAAUUUUUCUCUUCGGUGUAUUUAUAGUUGUGCCAAUAAACGGGCAAAUUAUAGCCAAAUCUAUUUUGAAAAAUGUAGUUUCAACAGCAAUCGAUCUGACUUACAAAGAGUUGUCCGUACCAACAACAUUGAAAAAAGAAGAAAUCAUUAUCGAUAAGGAGCUGGGAUGCACGUGCAAACCAUUCAGUCUAUGCCAGACUUAUGAAUCAAAUCCCGUCGGUUACUUACAAAUCGAUAUCAGAACGAAUAUCGGUCCAUGCCACAGCUAUUUGGAUGUAUGCUGCAAUGAUACUCUAAGUUCAUUAUCGACAUCAACUCACACAGACAACACUAAAAACAACUUACCCGAAGUUGUAUCGAGCGAUUCUGGCGAUUCCAGUCCAAACAAAGAUAAUGCCAAUGAAUUUGCUUAUUCAUCUAUCACAACAACAACUUUAACUUCAUCAAACUAUGAAACGAAAAAUCACGAAUCUCCGAAUAACAUUGAAUUGACUUCACCUUCUUCGGAAUACAUAAUAAUAUCGACUAGCACAUCAUCUGAAGUGAUCAAAACCUCUGAAUCGACGUCUCAUGAAUCAUCGGAUAACACUGAAUUAUCUUCACCUUCUUUGUCAGACUUAAUAAUAUCGACUAGCACAACACCUGAUUCGAGAGAAACCUUUGAAUCGUCAUCUCACGAAUCUUUAGAUAACAUUGAAUCAUCUUCACCUUCCUCGUCAGACAUUGCAACAUCAACUAGCACAACACCUGACUCGAGGGAAACCUUUGAGUCGUCAUCUCACGAAUCAUCGGGCUAUGGAGAAUCAUCUUCACCUCCCUCGUCAGACAUUGUAACAUCAACUAGCACAACACCUGAUUCGAGAGAAACCUUUGAAUCGUCAUCUCAUGAAUCAUCGGGCUAUGUUGAGUUGUCUUCACCUCCCUCGGCAGACAUCGUAUCAUCGACUAGCUCAUCAGCAGAUUUGAUAGAAAAUACUGAAUCACACAGCAUGGACAGCAAUUCUCAUUCGACUGAGACCGCAGCCACGAUCAAACCGGAUGUAAAAAAACAUCAUAAAUGUGGACAAUGGAAUAAAGACGGGAUAGGCUUUAGAGUUCUUAACGCUAUAAAUGGGGAGUCCAAUUAUGGCGAGUACCCUGCUAUGGUGGCAAUACUUGGUGAGGAUACUUCAAAGUCCGGAGAUACAAAACUAUUGUACCGGUGCGGAGGAUCGUUGAUCAAACCAAAUGUCGUCUUGACAGCUGCUCAUUGUGUUAUUAAAAAAGACCAUUCAUCUUUGGUGGUUCGAGCAGGAGAGUGGGAUUUGCAAACAGAUAAGGAAAUCUAUGCUCAUCAAGACCGUCGCAUAUCUGAAGUUACCAUACACAAGGAGUAUUAUGCGGGAGGACUUUUCAACGACAUCGCCUUGUUGUUUACUGAAGCGCCAUUUGAUCUACAAGCAAAUAUCCAAACGAUAUGCUUACCGGAACAGGGUCAAAAAUUUGAUCAUUCUCUGUGCUAUUCCAGCGGUUGGGGCAAAGACGUUAUCUUCAAUAACUACACUAUCGCUAAGAAAACGGCGAAGGGUGUUGAGAACGAAUUGGGUCAUUACCAGGUCAGCAUACUGAAGAAAGUAGAACUUCCCAUCAUACCUACCCAAAAGUGUGAAGAUGAUCUAAAGAAAACAAGACUCGGGCCAAAAUUUAGAUUACACAAAAGUUUUAUGUGCGCUGGCGGACAAGAAGGAAAGGACACGUGCAAAGGCGACGGUGGUAGUCCAUUGAUGUGUCCAAGCGAAUCUGAUCCAAAUACCUUAAUACAAGCUGGAAUCGUUUCUUGGGGGAUUGGAUGUGGCAAUACGUUUCCUGGAGUCUACGUUGAUGUAGCUCAUUUUCGCGAAUGGAUAGACAAUGAAACAAUUACUUAAAUUAUUGAAAACAAUAAAAAAUAAAUGUCAUGUGAUUUGCAAUGUUAUAAAUUAUAAUAAACUAGUAAUGUAUGUUUUAUAAUUAAAACAAAUAUUAAAUACUUCAUUUUAAUUGUAAAUAAAUGGUCAAUUUAAGUUUGA